AAACGGGUGAGUGUUUAUGAAACGCAGCUGAAGAACGGUUAUGAAAGCAUCCGUGUAGAUCUGCAUCUGUGGUCGGGAGAGCUUCGGGAUCGAUGACUCGGCUGCGAGUUGCUCCGCUACGCCCACGGACGGUGCUGGCUGACGAUGCAGGUUUGAUUCAGGCGGAGCCUGGGAGGUCUCGGGUGUCUCUCUCUCCAGCAGAGAUUCAGCCAAAAGAGGUUAAUCGGUGGAAUGAGUAACGAGACGAUAUCCUAAGAGAGGGACACAAGCAGCCAUUUCACUCCCGUGGUCUCCGGACGUCUCCUUUACAUCAUGGCCAAGGAAAGCCUCGAAUCCGGCCUCACAUGGGAGGUGAGGGCGAACGGCCGUCACCACCACAAACACAAGCAGAAGAGGUCCUUCCUGUGCGCUCGCUGGGGGAGAUACACGGACAAUGUGCUCCGCAGCCACAAGUACUCCCCCCUGACCUUCCUGCCCCUGACGCUGUUUGAACAGUUUCACCGAGUGGCCAAUCUCUACUUCCUCCUCAUGGUGGUGAUGCAGUGUGUCCCUGCCAUCUCAGCCAUACCUUGGUACAUCACCAUCAUCCCGCUGACCAUUGUACUCUCUGUGAGAGGGAUCAAAGACCUCGCCACUGACAUGGCGAGGAGACGCAGCGACGCCGACGUUAACUCCCGACCCUGUGACGUACUCGUCUCCCAGAGUUUCUACAAAGGCCAGUGGAGGGAUCUGCAUGUGGGGGAUGUGCUGCGGAUCCACAAAGACCAAGUCAUCCCCGCGGACCUUCUCCUCCUGUGCAGCUCAGAGCCUCACAGUCUGUGUUACGUGGAGACGGCAGAUAUCGACGGAGAGACGGACCUCAAGUUCCGGCAGGCGCUCGGUGCGACGCACGAUGAGCUGACCACUCGGCCCUCAGAGGAGACGCUCGCCGCCUUCGACGGUGUCGUUUUUUGCGAGGAGCCCAACAACCGCCUGUACGUCUUCAGAGGCCAGCUGCACUGGCGAGGAGAGCGUCUCCUGCUGGAGAACGACCACGUCCUCCUGAGAGGGAUGGUCCUACGCAACACCGAGUUCGCCUACGGCAUGGCCAUAUACACCGGGAAAAUCUCUCCGACCUCCGAGCAGCCCGGGUCAAACAACCUGCAGGAACUGCGCCUCUUAAUCGCUGUCUGCUCUGUGCCAGGUGCCGACACCAAGAUCAUGAAGAACUGCGGGAAACUGAGAGUGAAGAGGACUCGAACGGAGAAAGUGUUCAACAGAGUGGUGACCGGGAUCGUCCUGUGCGUGCUGCUCACAGCUCUGCUCCUCGCCAUCGGCGCUGGCGUGUUCUCUCGUUGGGUCGUGAGCCACGCGGGGGCUCUUUCCCCUCUGGUGGUUGACGGCAACCCCAGCUACACCGGGUUCCUCAUCUUCUGGAGCUACAUCAUCCUGCUCAGCCCGGCCAUGCCCAUUGCUCUCUACAUCUCGUUCGAGGUGAUCCACUCGGUCCACAGCCUGUUCAUCGGCUGGGACACGGAGAUGUAUUGGCAGCCGGCGGACAGACCGGCGCAGGCCAGGAAUACAUCACUGAACGAGGAGCUGGGCCAGGUGGGAUACCUGCUGAGCGACAAGACCGGGACCCUCACACAGAACCGCCUGCUCUUCAGACAAUGCUGCAUAGCAGGGGAGGUGUAUGGCGAUUCAUCAGUCAGGGCAGAGGACGUAGAGCCCAUGGACUUGAGCUGGAAUCCGUUCUCCCGCGGCGGGCUGUUCAUGUCGGCUCCCAGCCUGCUGGAGAAGCUCAGAGGGCAGCAGUGUCCAAUCAGCAGACAGUUCCUCAGAGCGCUGUGUCUGUGUCACACCGUCAUGGCCGAGUGGAAAGAAGAGGCUCCGGUUUACCAGGCCGCAUCCCCAGAUGAGGAAGCUCUCGUCGGUGCAGCCAGGGAGCUGGGCUGGGUCUUUCUCUCCAGGACGAGAGACUUUAUCGUCGUCUCCGAGCUGGGCGUCACUCGCCAAUAUCAGCUGUUGGCGCUGCUGGACUUCACCAGCAAGAGAAGAUGCAUGUCUGUCCUGGUGCGGGAGCCGGAGGGUGGGUUAAAGCUGUACUGCAAAGGGGCCGACAUCGUGGUCCUGGAGAGACUCCAGAAGGACUCGCCACAUCAGGAACGGAUUGAGAGUGCCCUCGAGUUGUUUGCCCAGGCCUGUCUGCGGACUCUGUGCGUCGCGGUUCGAUCCGUUCCCGAGGCAUCGUGGGAGCAGUGGAGUAAAACUCUGGCCCGGGCUGCUGCCAUGGCGACCGGUGACCGCGACGCACUGCUGGAAAAGCUGCACGAUCAGAUGGAGCGAGAGCUGCAGCUCAUAGGGGUGACGGCGAUCGAGGAUCGGCUUCAACAGGGCGUUCCCGAGACGAUCGCUCUGCUUCAACAGGCUGGCCUCAAAGUAUGGGUACUGACUGGGGACAAAAAAGAGACUGCAGUGAAUGUUGGAUAUUCUUGCAAGCUACUGGAUCCUGACACCAGAUUACUGGAAUGGCAGGAGCUGAGACAGAUUCUCCAGUCCCCAGACCCAGAGGUCAGUUUCUUCAAGGCCAGACAGACGGAGCUGUGGGCUGUAGACAAGCAGUCGGCUGGAGCCAAGACCGCCGUGGUCCUCACCGGACCUGAGCUGGCAGAGUUUGACCAGAGACCCGACUGGGGGGCCUCGUUCAUGAGCCUGGCCGAACAGUGCCAGUCGGUGCUUUGCUGUCGUGUCACACCUGGGCAGAAGGCUGACAUCAUCACGCUGGUGCGAAAACACACUCGCUCUGUCACCAUGGCCAUCGGGGACGGCGCCAAUGAUGUCAAUAUGAUCAAGACGGCUCACAUUGGUGUGGGACUAGCGGGAGUGGAGGGAGGUCAAGCCGUGCAGAACGCCGACUUUGCGUUGUCCCAGUUCAGGUUCCUGCAGCGGCUGCUGCUGGUCCACGGACGCUGGUCCUACCGGCGCAUUUCCUUCUUCUUGCUCUACUUCCUGUUCAAGACCUGCGGCUUUGCUCUGGUGCACAUCUGGUUCGGUUUCUUCAACGGCUUCAGUGCUCAGUCUCUGUACGAGUCAUGGUUCAUCGCCCUCUACACCGUCUUCUACACAGCGGCCCCCAUCAUGUGCGUGGCCUUCUUUGAACAGGACGUGAGCGCAGACAGCAGCCUGAAGUGGCCGCAGCUGUACAAGUGUGGACAGACGCAGGAGCUGUCCAGACCUCUCGUGCUGAGCGCGUCCCUCCUGUACGCCGUCUACACGUCGCUCGUGCUCUUCUUCAUCCCCUUGGGAGUCUAUUACGACACCGACUACGACUACCAGACCAUGGCGGUCACCGUCGCCAUGGCAGCCACGUUCACUGCCACCGCCGAGAUCGCGCUGCUGACCAGAUACUGGACGAAGUUUCACGCGGCCUCUCUGUGUGUCUCUCUGCUGCUUUUCUUCAUCUGUACCAGGAUCACCCAAAGCACCUUCCUGUUUCAGAGAUCACCCGCAGACUAUUUCUUCAUCGGCGUGUCUGAUAAGGCCUUCAUCGAUCCGCUCGUGUGGCUCGCCGCGCUGCUCGCCACUUGGACGGCCGUGUUGCCCCGUUCUGGCUCUCAAUGUCAUCCUCACCGUGCACGACAAGCACAAGGUCCACAGCGUGGCCCGGCAGCCGGUGGAGCUGAGGUCAAAGCUGAAGCGGGGGUCGUCCCUUCGCCGCUCCUCUUACGCCCUCUCUCAGGGGGGCGGGACCGGGCGCCUCAUCACCUCGGGGACCCGCAGCACCGUGCCGACGGUGGACGAGAAAGUGACUGCAAGUAAUCACUGACUCGCGAGUCCGAAUGCACAUAGAGAACAAUAAUCAUGUGACAAAUGGCAGAUAUCUGAUAACAUAGAUUGUUGCUGCGACAUAGAAUUGAAAAGAUGAUUCGUCAUGUAUUUUUACUAACAUGUUUUUAGAGGCAUUACUUAGUUAACCUGCACUUAUCUUUUGUAUUGCUACUUUUUUAAAUAAAGUAAUUGAUAUACAAAAUACA